GGGCCCUUCUACAUACAAUAUACACAAAAUCCAACACAACACACACGAUCUUCCGGUUCAUCUGCCUCAAACUCAAACUCAAACUCAAAGACUUUAGUUACAGAGUUCGUACCGCCGACUCACUCAGGACCCUACGUAGCAACUCUUUUAUGGCUGAUUCUAAAUCCGCUGGUAUACGAUAUGCCCCAGAAGAUCCCUCGCUUCCUAAACCAUGGAGAGGCCUGGUUGAUGGUAAGACUGGAUAUAUUUACUAUUGGAAUCCAGAGACCAAGGUUACUCAAUAUCAGAAGCCUAGCUGUUCACAAAUAAAACCAGAUUCACCAAAUAAUAGUGUAUCGGAGUCUUUAUGCUCAUCAGUUCAAGUUCAACAGUCCUCACAAGUACUGAAUCAGGAAAUCGCUGCCAAUGAUGAUGACGAUAAAAAUGGUAGAGGCAGCGGUGGUAGACCAAAGUUUGAUCCUGGUGAAAAAAAUGAUCAGGGUGACAGGAAAGAAGCAGACCAACCCAAUAUCCCACAUGAUUCAGGUGGUUCACGGGAGGGUAGGUCUUCUGACCGAGUUGAGGUGUUGCCAGCUGUCCGAAGUGGUCCAUCUGCUGAGUCUUAUCGCCGCCAGCAUGAAAUAACUGUUACUGGAGACAAUGUGCCCCCACCGUUCACAUCAUUUCAAGCAAUUGGCUUACCUUCAGAGAUACUCCGAGAGGUACUAAAGGCUGGGUUUUCUCAUCCUACUCCUAUACAGGCGCAAUCAUGGUCUAUUGCUUUUCAAAGUAGGGACAUUGUAGCCAUUGCUAAGACUGGUUCAGGGAAAACCUUGGGAUACUUGUUACCGGCCUUUAGGCAUCUCAUGCGAUGUCGUAACAAUCCUCAGUUGGGUCCCACAGUUUUGGUCUUGUCACCAACAAGGGAAUUGGCAACCCAAAUUCAAGAUGAAGCUGUGAAGUUUGGGGGCUCAUCAAAAAUAUCAAGCACGUGUUUGUACGGAGGAGCACCAAAGGGUCCCCAACUGAGAGACUUAGACAGAGGAACACAUAUUGUUGUUGCUACUCCAGGCCGUUUGAAUGAUAUCCUGCAGAUGGGACGAGUCAACCUAGGCCAGAUUUCAUACAUGGUUCUGGAUGAGGCAGAUCGGAUGCUGGACAUGGGGUUUGAGCCACAGAUAAGAAAAAUUGUAAAAGAGAUCCCUGCACGCAGGCAGACCCUCAUGUACACUGCUACAUGGCCGAAGGAGGUGCGGAAAAUUGCAGCUGAUUUGUUGGUUAAACCAGUUCAAGUUAACAUUGGCAAUGUUGAUGAACUUGUCGCAAACAAAUCUAUUACACAGCAUGUGGAAAUUAUUUCAUCGAUGGAAAAACAAAGAAGGGUAGAGCAGAUAGUGAGAUCUCAAGAACCAGGCUCUAAAAUCAUCAUAUUCUGUUCAACAAAGAGGAUGUGUGAUCAGCUUUCACGGAAUUUAAGUCACCAGUUUGGAGCCGCAGCAAUUCACGGAGAUAAAAAUCAGAGUGAGAGAGACCAUGUACUUAACCAGUUCCGCACAGGCAAGUCACCAAUUCUUGUUGCCACUGAUGUGGCAGCUCGUGGUUUGGACGUCAAGGAUAUAAGGGUGGUGGUCAACUAUGACUUCCCUACAGGAAUUGAGGAUUAUGUUCAUAGAAUUGGAAGAACAGGCAGAGCUGGUUCCACAGGAGUGGCUCAUACAUUUUUCAAUGAUCAGGAUGCGAAGCAUGCUUCAGACCUUAUCAAAAUUUUGGAAGGAGCAAAUCAACGAGUUCCGGAUGAAAUCCGAGAUAUGGCUUCACGUGGUGGAUUUGGAAAUUCUAGGAGCCGUUGGGGCUCAGGUAGGGGUUAUGAUUCAGGAUAUGGAGGAAGGGAUGGUGUUGCUCGUGGUUCUGAGAGAGAGUCACAGGAUAGUGACAAGUAUGGCAGCGGUGGAUAUGACGUUGAUGCUCCAGGCAGCUAUCAUGCAAAGAGCUUUCACCAAAGCAUGAUUCAAGAUCUGGACAAGCAAAGAAGUCGAAGCAGAAGCCCUGACAAGGGUGGCUAUGAUGCAAACACUCUUCCUGGAAGCUAUCAAGCCAAGAGCUUCCAUGAAAGCAUGGUUUCUCGUCCAGAGAAGCGAAGUAGUAGAAGCCCUAAUGGGAGUGGCUCAGGAGAUCGUGGGCGAAGCCGUAGCCGCAGUAGAAGUGUUGACCGUUUUGACAGUUCCUCACAAGGACAAGAGCGCUCUCCAACGCGUAGUUUCCAUAGAGCCAUGAUGGAACGAUCUUGAUAACUAGUCACUUGAAAUCAGAGUGAAGAGGGGACAAGGAAAAGCAAUGAAGGUAUCUUUGGUAGUUUCUCAGUUUGGGGUAUAGUUUUUGCUCUAGUGGUGCUGUUAAUAUGCAAGUUCCAGACUCUCUAUGUAGGGGAAUUUCAAGUGUUGAUUAGAUUCCUGUGGCAGCUUUGUUGAUAUUUAUCAAGUAGUAGGUCAAGUUUUGGACUUUUUUGGCUGAUAUUAUUACUGAUGUGCCCUCUUUUGAAAGAUCAACAGAAGUGAAAUUUCCUGGUGUUGUAUCUGAUUCUCCUUAUUCAAAUGGGUUUUUGCCCAGCAGAUAAUGCAUUUCUGUGGACUAUACCACUUGUGUGACAUAA